AUGCAGCAAUUAUCAGGGGCUUCACUUGGACAGCCACAGGCUAAAACAAUCCUGCCACUACGACCAGCAGAGUGGACUGGAACUCCAGUUGCACCUGCAAAGAAAUCAAUUCUCCCAGUAGAUGUCACAGACAACACUAAAAGUCUCUCUGAAGUUGGAAAAGAGGAUCAGCCCACUGUGUCAGCAUCACCAAAUCCCACUGCAACUUCUUCAACAUCACAGUAUUUUCUUGCUAAGUCUUCUCAACCACCAAAAUCUGAGGUGCCCAAGGAGGAUAAAGGGUCAGCCACUUCUCAGGCUUCUGCAAAGGCUACAUCAGUUUUGCCUGCAUCUGUAGAAAGUAUUACUUCUGCGAGGACAAAACCACCUACUGUUAAGAUGCAAGAAGAAUCAAAACCUAGAGAGGAAGCACCAAAUGCUCAGUCUGUCGAAGCACCAUCUGCUCUUAACAAAGGGGAUGCAAAUUUAGCCAAGCUUCAAAAAAACUGUCCAAUCUGCAAGGAGGUUUUUAAGAAUGAACCUCCAAACUACAAUACUUGCAGGUCCUGCAAAUCAACUGUGUGUAACAUUUGUGCUGGACUAAACUCCAGGGCAGAAAUAAACAAGGAGCAGGACUGGUUGUGUGUGAACUGCCAGAGGGAGCAAUCACCAGGACCUCAUCCUGCAAAGACAACGGAAGUACCUCUUACCGAAUCAGAGAAGGAGGCUCCAAUUUCAGACUUUACAAAGGAAAAGACAAGCAUUCCAGUGGGUGAUACAGAGUCUGAUCAGAUACCCACAGUAAAUGGAAGACCUCAGGACAAACUCACCUUAGAAACGACCCCAAGAGCCAUUGGUAACGUGGCAGAAGACAAAGAAGCUCAUGUUGAAGCUGUUGAAACACAAAAUACAAAACCUCCAGAGAAACAGUCUGGACUAUUCGGUUUUAGUUUUGGUAGUACUAAAUCACAUCCACCAUCUCCUCAGGUGGCUGCCUCUGCAGCUUCUAGGAGAAUUCAAGGCUUUGGUUCAUCCUUCCUGAGCUCAGCCUCUAAUCUGAUCUCUUCAGCUGUGCAGGAUGAACCAUCCAUCACACCGCCAACCUCUCGUAAGGGUUCUACAAUUUCUUUAAAAAACACCACAACACCUCCUUUGUCCCGGAGGAGUUCAGCCACACAACAACAUGGGGAAAAGAAAGAAACAGAAAAUAAAUUGCAAGACCAACCGACAAAGGAAUCAGUUCCGCCUUUGAAAAAGGAUACCGCUUGCUUAGAGCUUCUCAAAGCUUGUCCACUCUGUAAGGCUGAUAUCAAGGAUGAUCCACCCAACUAUAACACUUGCACACAAUGUAAAAAUAUUGUGUGUAACCUUUGUGGAUUUAGUCCCAUUCCACAAGAAACUGAGGUUUCAGAGUGGCUGUGUUUAAGCUGCCAGAUGCAGCGAGCACCAGGACCUCCUCCUGCAAAAACACAGUCAGAAUUUAACAAGGUACCUUCACCAGCAUCACCAAAGAAACACCAAGAGACUCCUGCUGCAAGCGCUCCAAUGAAGAGCCCAAGUCUUCCAGUAAAUGCCAAAGAUGAGAAGCCAACUGAAGCUGGAAAGCCAGUAGAUAAACCUAUUUCAGCAGAGUCCCAAAAAUCCACUCCUCCAACAACACAACCUUCACCUGCAAAAUCUGCACCACCACAAAAAGCUGAACCUCCAAAAGAAGAGUCAAGCUUGUUUGGUUUCAGUUUCGGUGGUACUCGAUCUCGGCCACCAUCUCCUCAGCCUGAUAUCUCAGCUGUUUCUGGAAAGGUUCGAGGCUUCGGCUCCUCUUUUCUCAGCUCUGCAUCCAAUUUGAUCUCAUCAGCUGUCCAGCAGGAGCCUUCCACAACACCACCAACCUCCCGUAAAGCAUCCACAACUUCUCAAACUUCUGUUAAACUUAUUUCAACUUCACCCACUUCUCACAAGAAGCAAGUUGAAAAAAUAGAACCAGAAACCAAAUUGGAAGUCGAGUUGCCAAAGGCAGAUACUUCUCUCGCAGAGUCACUAAAAGCAUGCCCAAUCUGCAAGGCUGACUUUAAGAAGGAUCCUCCUAAUUACGCUACCUGUACUGAAUGCCAGAAAACUGUCUGUAAGCUUUGUGUAUUCAGUCCCGUGCAACAAGAAACAAAGGUUAAGAAAUUGUUAUGUUUGGACUGCAAGAAGAAGCGAGCGCCGGGACCUCAACCUAAACAGCCUCAACUAGAGGAAAUUAAAAUACCUCCAACAGCACCAAAGCAGGAUGUUCAAACUACAGAUAACCCACAAAAGGAGCCAAAUGUCUCAGUUGAUGCCACAAUGAAAGCUGCUGAAGUUGUAAGAAAAGAGGAUAAAUUUAGCGCAGCAGAGUCACAGAAACCCACUGCUGUUCAGUCAGCACAACAGUCCUCUCCUGACAUACCUGGUAUACCGAAAAAGGAGGAGAAGAGCUUUUUCGGUUUUAGUACUGGAGUUACUACGUCUCCAUCUCUUCGGCCUGAUACCUCUGCUGUUUCUGGGAAGGCCAGAGGCUUUGGCUCAUCCUUUUUUAGCUCAGCAUCUAAUUUGAUUUCGUCUGCUCUUCAAGAUGAAACUUCCACCACGCCACCGACUUCUAGAAAGGGUUCUAUCAUUUCUCAAAGAUCUGAAAAGGACACAACAACGGCAGACGCAUUGCAUAAGGGGUCGUCAGGACAGAAAGAAGAACAAAAGACAGAAAUUAAAAUUUCGUCUGUGUCACCGACUCUUGAUGAGCCUUUAAAACCUUGUCCAUUGUGCAAGGUGGCUCUCACAAAAGAUCCACCCAACUAUGACAUUUGCACUGAAUGUAAAACUACUGUGUGUAAUCUUUGUGGAUUUAGUUCAAUGCCACAACAAAGUGAAGUAAAAGAAUGGCUAUGUUUGAACUGCCAGAUGCAGCGAGUACCAGGAGCUUCUUUAACACAGGCUCAGCUACAGGCUGACAAAGUACCAACUCCAGCAUCACCCCAACAGAAAGUGAAAUCUCUUGCUGGAAAGCCGGAGGACAAACCUACUCCAGUAGAAACAAAUAAAUCAAUUUCUACACCUGCCAAGCAACAGUCCACACCCCCAACACCAAAAGUUGACGCUUCAAAAAAGGAGUCAGGUUUCUUUGGUUUUGGUGGUGCUCGUUCUCGAUCUCCUUCUCCUCAGCCGGCUGUUGCUGCUGUUUCUGGAAAGGUUUUAGGCUUUGGAUCUUCUCUCUUUAGCACAGCGUCUAAUUUAAUUUCAUCAACUGUUCAUGAUGAGCCUACAACACCACCAACACCUCGUAAGGGUUCUACUACUUCUCAGGCUUCUGUAAAGACCACACCGGCAAUUCCUCCUUCUUCUCAGAAAGAAUCUGUAGAACAAGAAAAACAUCCUACUAAAGAACCCGAUACAGCAGCCAAAGUGGACAGCAAACCUUCUGCUGCAAAGAAACAAGAGAAUAAACUAAGUGAAAAGGAAGUCAAAAUGACUAAGUUAAAAGAUGGAAAUUCAAAAAUGGAAGACAUUUCUAAACAUCAGGAUGUUGCUUGUCCACUAUGUAAGAUAGUGCUUAAUGUCGGCUCAAAUGAAGCACCUAACUACAAUACCUGCACAGAAUGCAAAAACACAGUGUGCAACCUCUGUGGAUUUAACCCCACUCCCCAUCAGACAGAGAUUUAUGAAUGGCUUUGCCUAAACUGUCAAACACAGAGAGCAUUAAAGGGAACUGAGCCACAGGAACCACAAACAAAACCAGAUAUUGUAUCCAGUUCAACACUGUCUCGAAGCACUAUAACACCAAAAACAUCUACCAAUGCUUGUGACAGCAACACAAAGGAUCUACGUCAGGUUCAGGAAUCCCACGAACAAGUGUCUUCUUCAGAUCAAAAUAAAGCCUCUAAUCUAUCUUUUGUUCAAAAUGAUAACAUUUCAAAUACAGACACAACCAAAAAGAAAGAUGAUUUAAAUGACUUGGCAGUUAAAAAAGCCCAGGAAAAAGAAACUCCUGCUGACACUAAAGAAGAGUCUCAAACAAAAGGUAUGCAGUCUUCUGAAGCUAUUAUGGAAAAUCAAAAGUCUGUAGUUUCACUCAAACCUGGAACUGAUCAAGAACCAACAGAAAAGUCAACAGACGGUAGCAGUGAUCUGGAGAAGCCUGAGCAACUGCAAUCUAAAUCUUCCAUACCAAACCUCGAAACUUCAAAGCAGGAAUCAGGAUUAUUUGAUUUUGGAUUUAGCAGUAAUAAAUCGAAAUCUACACCAUCUAAACCUUCUGACACAAGCACAGGGAAACUCUUUGACUUUGGUGGUAGGACUGAGGCACCCUCACCCCAAUCUGCUUCGUCUGUUUCUGGGAAGGUUUUAGGUUUUGGAUCUUCCAUCUUCAGUUCAGCUUCUAAUCUGAUCUCAUCAGCUGUUCAUGAUGGACCCUCCAUAACACCACCAAGUUCUCGUAAGGGUUCCACAGUUUCCCAGACAUCUAUCAAAAUAGCCACACCACCCUCUUCCCGUAAAGGUUCAACAGUUUCCCAAGCUUCUCUUAAAACACCACCGACUUCUCGUAAGGGCUCCGCUACUUCUCAGUCCUCCCUAAAGACCAUUCCUACAGGAGACACUAAAGCAUCUGAUUCUCAAAAACAAGAUGAACAGGCAGCAAAUGAAAAGUCAAAGGUAAAACUAAAAGAAGAGUCUGCGGAAGCUGCCAAACUACCUUAUUUACAACAUGUAGAGAAGGCACCAGAUGAGAAGGCAGACAUGCAGACUUCUCCUCCUUUGCUAUCAGCCUCUGUACUGGCUCAGUCUAGUUGCCCUAUCUGCAAGGUGAAGCUGAAUAUGGCUUCUGAUGGCCAGCCUAAUUUCAGCACUUGCACUAAAUGUAACAGCAAUGUAUGCAAUCAGUGUGGAUUUGAUCCCAUGCCAAAUCAAACAAAGGUAAAACAAUGGCUUUGUAUAAAUUGCCAGAAGCAGAGAGCAGAAGAAUCAAUAGAACCAACAGGAAGUUUUAUAAUAAACCCUCAGCCGACAUUGCUUAAAAAGGACAGUCAGCUACCAACUUUAGAGAACAAAUUGGCUGAUUCAUCCCUUGUAUGCGUAGGUGUAAAGACUCCAUCUGUCUCAGCAGCAGCAAAGGAAGAUCAUCAAAAGUCAAGCUUGAAUGAAAAUGUGCUUUCCUCAAACAAUGAUCUGCCCCAACAAAAUGAACAAGAGGAGAAACCUAGGAAAUCUCAGAAACAGGUGGUAAAAGGUACAGCAUCACCAGGCAGAUCCACUCCACCCUCACAGGCUAAGGUUCCACAGCAGCAAUCAAGCUUCUUCGGAUUUGGCAAGUCUCAACCUGCCACUUCUAAGUCCUCUGAAUCAACAACUGGGAAGCGUUUCGGGUUUGCUGGAUUAACAGAGACAGCCAGGUCACGAUCACCGUCACCACAGUCGAUGACUAAUGUCCCUGGAAAGUUUUUAGGAUUUGGAUCAUCCAUCUUUAGCUCUGCCUCCACUUUGAUUUCAUCAGCACUUCAAGAUGAGUCAUCUCCACCAGUCUCUCGUAAAGCCUCUGUUGUAUCUCAGUCGUCCACACCACCUAGUUCUCGCAAGGGUUCUAUAGUCCCUACGGGAGAGCCUAAGACUACCAUGGCAAAGAAGUUGGAUGACAAGUCAGUAGAAAAGAAGAUGGAAGAACCCAAUGUGACAAAAGCUGAGUCCUCAGUUACUGAAAAGCAAGAAGCUAUUCCUGAGUCUGUGAAAGUGUUUGCACUGACUAAACCAUCAAAAUCAAGUCAACCAACCUGUCCACUUUGUAAGGUGGAAAUCAAUGUUGGCUUAAAGGAACCUCCUAACUACAAUACGUGUACAGAGUGCAAAGUUAUGGUGUGUAACCUCUGUGGAUUUAACCCCAUGCCUCACCUUGCUGAGGGGGAGUGGUUGUGCUUGAACUGCCAGACUCAGAGAGCCCUAUCUGGUAACCUGGGAGAUAUGGGACAAAUUCCUACCCCAUUACCUACAUCUGAAACUGAAUCAGCAGCAUUACCCAAAGCCCUAACGAUUAAAAUAUCAGAAGUUGGUCAGGCCACUGAAACCCAUGAGCCUGCUGUCAUUAAACCUAAAACUGAAAUACAAAUAGUGACCUCUAAAGUGGAACCUGUGGAAGCUGUGGCUGCUCCUUCUGCUUUUAUACAGUCUACACUCAUUGAAACUGCUGACAAAACAGAUGAGAUGAAAAGUACACCUGCAGAACCUACAGUCACACAAGAAAAAUUAACUACAGAAGUACCCAUAAAGCAUGUAAGCUUUCCAGAAGCAGAGACACUUCAGGAAGAACCAGAGACACCGCCUACUGAUGUUGUCAUUACAUCACUUGAGAUGAAAAGUAAAACUGUACAACCACUGGUCAAGACAAACGAUGAACCAACACAACUGAAGCCUCUUACUGUUAAAGCAUCCCUCGAAUUUAAGGAAACUUGUGAACUUACGUCUACGGCAUCAAAAUUGGCAGACGAUUUUGCAUUCCCAGACCAGCUUAAUCAGAAUGAAGAGCAUGCAAUUCAGUUAAAGAUUACUCCUACUACACCUUGUGAGAGUGAAAGCAUAGUUAUAUCAGUUUUAGGGGAGGAGACAAACAACUUAGGGGUGAAUGAUAAAAAACACCCACAAGGGCACAAACUAUUGCCAGUUUCACCUGAAUCAUACAGUUCAUCUGAGGAAGAGCUUAAAGAGAUUCAGAGAGCUAGUGAGAUUCUUUUGAAAGAAACUGAAUCAGACUUGGCUCAUUUUAAAGAAACAGUGUUGACAAAGGAUUAUUUUGAUUCUGGAGAUGAAGAGCUUAGACAUUCACAGCUGAAGGAAGCAAGUGCUGAUAAGGAUUUGUCAUCAACUCAUCUCCAAGGUUACAUCACAAAACAUGAAGUCAGUGAUGCAGAUACUGACCGUGAAGCUGAAAAGACCAUAAAGCAGCUUAAUGUACCUGAAAAAAGUGCUGAUAGUUGCCUCUUGUCUCAAGAGCAAGAAGGCAAAGUAAUGCAGCCCAGUCCCGUCUAUAAAACAGCUAAAACAUUUCUCCAGGACGAGAAUGAGAAGGAAGAAACCACAGAAACUAAUAGUGCAAAAGCUAUUUUUGUACAGGACAAUGUCAGACAGAUUUCAGAAGAAGAGAGUUUAGUUGAAGAUAUUUCUAAAGACGGUGGAUCUUCCAGUAUGCAAGUAUCCCACAUCACAUCAGGAACCACUUCACCCACAACACUGUCCUCACUUGGUGAAGAAAGUGAUAGCAGUCCCGGUCACAAGAAGGAAAAUUUAGAGGGCAAGCGGCAAAGGAAAGUUAAGCACAGGCAAGGUCAACCCCUUCAGAAUAUAAGCGACUCCUCUGAGGAGGAAGAGAUCCUGGAGGAAGGAGAUCAAUUUAUAGAACAGGAAAUACAGAGGGAAAAUGAUCAAAGGCAGUUCAAAAAGCCGUACAAAAAAUCCAAUAAAGAAAAAGACAAGUUGCAGGAUCAUCCACCAAAUAGUCACUUUCAGACUGACACCCUAUCUCAAGCUGAGGAUGUAGUGCAAAUUUCAGAAAUAAAUACUUAUGAGACAUUUUCUUACUCAAACAUAUCACCAAGUACAGACUCAGAACAAGAAAAUGUUGUUACCCACGAACCACCACCGAUGGAUGUUGAAGCAAAACCAUUAAAGAGUGCAGAUGAGGCAUAUGAAGAAAUUAUGCAGAAAGCUCAGGAACUCAAAGCUAUGACAAAAAAAAUCACUCCACCGGAUAUAGAGCCACUGUAUGGUGGCAUGCUGAUAGAAGACUAUGUUUACGAGUCACUAGUGGAGGAACCAGCGCAGGCAAUGCCAUUUGAUUAUAAUGCUACUCUGGGUGAGUACUUGACUGAUAUCUCUGUUCCAGAAACACUAAGAAAGCUUAGAACACCAGAUGAGGCCUAUGAGGAAAUGCAGAAAAAUAGAGAACUCAUGCUAAAAGAUCAAGCAAUUGAGCAUGCUCAAGUAUAUAGAUCAGCUUCUAACAGAGAUACCACUGGACCCAUUGUUACAGAUACUUGUUUUGUAAAUAUAUCAGAAACCUUCGAGUUUACAAAACAGCAGGAUGAGAAUUGGCAGUGGUAUGCUGAAACUGCAAGUGAUGAAUUGCUGAAUAGGGAAAAAGAUGUUAUGACUUCAGGAACAAGUCCUACACAAUCAACUCCUCUAUCACCAGUUUCACCUCUGUCUUUAUCUGAGCCUUUAUAUGAUUCAGCAGAAAUAAUACAAAUUCCCUCAAGUGGUGAAGAGGAUAAUGACAAGAAUGAAUUUGCAGCUGAACCUAUUGAGUGUGUGAUGGAACCUUACAGGACUGAGUCAACACCUCAACAAGAUCAGUCUGUUAAAAAUGUUCUCUAUCCGAUUCCUGAUCUAAAAAUUACUCAGUGUUCAUCUGGUGAAGAGGAGGUUGAGGAGGAACUUAGCAUCACACAAGAGCAUGAGAUAAUUAUGGUAAAUGGCAUUGCUCAGUGUGAUGACGGAUCAGAGGAACCUUCUGAAUUUAUAGAAUCUUCAGUUGAGGUACAGUCAGUAGAGUCUGAACCCACAUCUGUUGUAUCUGAAGUUCCACUAUCAAAAUCAGCACUUGAACAUGAGCCCCUUACUUAUGUAUGGGAUUCACAAACACCCCCUUUGCCCUCCUUAGAUUUAACAGCAUUUUCCUCAGGCAUUAUAGAUCAGCCUACAGGGCAAACUUCCAUUCCAACAAAACUCUAUGCUGAUGAAAGACAAAAACCUUGCUUGCCUAGUGACUCAACUUUUGUGACCACACAACUUGAACUUCAAGUGGCAUCUUUCUCUAGAGCAAAUAAGCCAGUCAUUGAAUUUCCACCACCACCUACAGCUUCACCACCAGCCCUACCACCUGAUAGUUUACCUAAUGUGCCUUUCAACCAACAGUCAAUGGUACCAACUACUAAUGAGUCUGUAAAAAGUAUGGCUAGCCAGUCACCUAGGGCAUCAGUGAAAGAAGUUACAACCACCAUACACCACAAGUCACCUCCUCCAGUCCCACCUAAGCCAUUUUGUCACAAAUCAAAAGAAGGCAUUAAACCAUCAGUGAUUUCUGAAUCUGCAGUUGCCCAAGUUGGCUAUGCUUCAACUUUUCCAAGAACGAAAGAACCGCCCAAGGCCCUUACGUUAUCUUUGGUCACCCCCACUGAUAUCAAACAUAGUAUUUCAUCACCAAAAUCUCCCUUGUCACCUAGAUUUGCUAAAACUCUUGAGACAUAUGUAGUUAUAACAUUGCCAUCAGAACCAGGAUCACCAGUGGAAGGAGUUACAACCCAGGCUCCAAUACAUAGACCAUCUCUACCAACUCCUAAGCAGCAGUGUCUUGCUAGUGUAUCAACAACCUUUAUUCCACCUGUGACCGUGUUUUCACAUCCUGAAUUAGCUACCCCACCAAGAGUAAUACCUGCUUCUGUUUUCACACCACCAUCUAUUCCAGUACAAACAGGAGAUUCUGCACCAGAUUUUCCAUUAAAGACAGCAAUACAUAAUGCAUCUGCAAUGAUUUCAACAAAAGAUUUGACGGUUGUUCCUGCAUCAAGUGCAGUUUUGGUACAAGAUUCAGUAACACCAAGCCCUGUUUUUGUACCCCAAACAAGUGUACUUCCACUAAAAAUGUAUGAGGAAAAACCUAUUUACUCUGCACCACCCUUGACCACAACAGUAUAUUCUGCGGAAACAGUGGUUUCCAUACCCACUAUACCAUCACCAUUUCUGGCUGAAAUUCCAGACAUGACUAUAGAACCCAAAAUAAAUACUGUUUCAGUGCCACAUUCUAUAGCAACAAGCCUUGCUUUUCCUUAUGUGCACCAAGUAGAGACUGCCAUACAACCCAUCAAAAAGGAAACUUUUGAGGAAAAGGCAAUUUGCUCUGUAUCACCCGUGACUGCAACAAUAUAUCCUGCACCAGCAGUGGUGUCCAUGCCUACUGUAUCAUCAUCAUCAAUUGUGGCUGAAAUUCCAGACAUGACUGUACAACCAAAAAUAAGUACUAUGUCUACAGUGAUAUCAUUACCAGCAACAAAUAUAGUUUCAGUACCACCAUGCCCUGCUUUUGUGCCACAAAUAGAGACGGAUGCAAUAGUAUCAAUUAAAAGUGAAUCUAUUUACUCUGCAUCACCUAUGAGCUCAGCAGGAUAUCCUACAGCAACCGUGGUUCCUGUAACAUCAUCAGAUACAUUCCUAGUAGGCUCAGUUAUGGCUGAGAUUCCAGCCAUGACCAUAGAAUCAAAAAUAAAUAAUAUGUCAACAGUGAUCUCGGGUACUGAAGAGUGCACUGCUCAUAUUUUAGCCCCACAAACCAAUUACCAGCCAGUGGUACCUGCAUCACUACCAUUCCAAGAACUACCUGUAGAGGUAAAACCAGCAACUGUUGCAGUAGGUAUCACUCCAGCUUUGUCAAGGGAACCUUUGGUUUCGUAUGAUAUCAAGCAAGGGCGUGAGAUGCAGUUGAUUCACACAGUUUAUCCUGCUCCAGUAGCAAUGACCAAGCUCUCAUUAUCAACAGAUAAAAUAACGGAACAAAUUUUAGAAAUGGAAGAAGAUGUGAGAUCAACAAAAGGUCCACCCCUUGACCAUAUUCAACAGCACCAAAUAUUUCUUGAAUCACAACAAAUGGUGCCGCCAGUGUCUGAUUUAACAUAUACCCCAACUGCACCAGGAACAUUUUCUCAAAUCGAAAAAUCAGUUGAGAGUCAAGAAAUAAGAGGAACUGAUAAAGUCUUACCUACCAUGAGUCACCUGCACUCUACAAUUGCAACAACCGAACAGCACCAGUAUGCAUUACCUAAUAUUUUGGCACAAGUUGUCACUACUGAAGUCCAGAGAACUACUACAGUAUCAGUCGUUCAAGAAUGCAUACCAUUAGAACGUAUUUCAGAUUCUACAUACAGACAAGCAGCACCUAAACAAAGUGGAAAGACUCAUUGCAUUGAUGAUGUUAUAGAUCUCACAACAUUAAAGCUCAAUGUUUCAAUGACUGACAAGGGAAUGGACCUGACAGCCCCUGAGUCAAACAUGCAGAGUUUCUUUAAUGAUUCAAGUAGUCGACAGAUAACUGCAGUGCAGCCAGAAAUUGUAAACUUAACUGCUGAGAUAACUCCUGCUACAACAUUAUCUAUUGUGACAGACAGUAUCACUGUUGUUACCUGUACUGCAACAUUUGCAUACAACAAAAGCAUUACAGUUGACACACCAUCCAGUUUACAAAGUGUUACUUCAACACCUCUGCCACUUAAAACAUAUAAACCAUUUGAACCGCUGGCACAAAUUAUUUACAGACCAGUGAAUUCACAACCAAAACCAUCAACCGAUACCGAGAUCCCCAUUAACUUAACACGUGGACCUCCUGGAACCACAGCAUCUUUAUCUUUGCCUAUCACAAUGACCCCAGUAAUCUGCACGCCCUCCCCUGUAUCUAUUCAUAAUGAACCUCCUGCAGCUAUUGAUCUCACAAUGUCAAAGCCAAAGAAAACUAUGUUGGCUAUUACUUCAUCCACUGGGGUUGUUACAAGUAUUGUCGAAGAAGAUAUGGCACCUGUAGAUCUAACAGCAGGGAGGCGAACAGUGUGCUGUGACAUCCUCUAUAGACUUCCAUUUACAGGAAGCUGCAGAACACAGCCUCCAGUGGCGUCACCUGAUAAGCAGUUUGACCAAAGAAAUGAUCAACAUAUUACCACAACCCUUGGACUUGAGGAUCUCAGUAAUCUAAAAACAGUAGGGUAUGACAGUAAUGUCAUACAAACCGAUUUGGUUACAAAAACUGGAUCUGUCGGCCAAAAUGAUGCGCUAGAUGGAGCAAUCGAUUUAACAUCUUCAAAAAUGUCAAGAGAUAAAGCCCUGGACUACUCAAAGAAAGGGAUGUCAUUAUUUGGGAUAACCACAAGUCGCUCCUACCAAGAAAUAUCCUCUGGAAAUAGUAGUGUACAGAGCCCAUCAAAUAAAAUUGUCUAUUCUUCUGUUGCUCCACCCAUUCCAUCUACCUGUGCAAUUACGACUCAGCCAGGCUCAAUAUUCAGUACAACAUGUAACAGUCUCACCACAAUGACAGAACCAUUUUCAACACAGAUCCAGACUUCACCAUAUAAUAUAAUUAAUUCCUCUGAAUCAAUAUACAGAGAAACUGAUUCGUCAAAGAAUAUAUUGCCUUCAGCCCUUGCCAGCCUGCUUCCCUCAAUAUCAGCUUUUCCAGAGCUAUACGCUGAUGCUACUCUUGAGGUCAUUGCAGCCUCUCUGGAUGCUCUUAUCUCCCCAAAUUUCCCUACAUUUGAUGACAGCAAGAGUCAGCAGUACCAAGCUGAACACGAAUUUUUGCAAUUAGAGAAACUGAAGCAGUUGUGUCUGGCUGAGGAGCUGGAAUGGGAGAGACAGGAGAUACAACGUUAUCGUGAGCAGGAACAGAUUAUUGUUCAAAAAGAAUUAGAGGAACUGCAGAGCAUAAAACAACAGCUCCUAAUGCAGCAAGAAGAAGAACGUAAGGCACAUUUUAUUCUUCAACAAGAGACCUUCACCCAGCAGCAACUCCAGCUUGAGCAAAUCCAGAUGCUACAGCACCAAUUACACCAGCAGUUACAAGAACAGAAUAUAUACCCAUAUAGCUUUGAUGGAAUAUCUCAUAGCACUAGCUCAGGUGUUGUUUUGGAUUCCCAGUACUGCAGAGGAGAUAAUGGGCAAUACUGGCCAGUGAAGGAUGACAACAAACAAACUGGAGAUUUGCAGCAUAGUUUGAACAGACCUAAACCAGAAGAUGACCUUAAAGAAAUCGAGAAACAAAAACAGGAUGCAGAGAAUCUGCCUGACAUAACCAAGCAAGACAGUGGGCAAAAUGCAGGAUUAAGUAGUAAAAAAAUUAGUAGCAAUUGUGUUCAGACAGACGAGGAGGAAGGACUGGAAAGGCUUUAUCCUGGGAGGAAGAGGAGAAGUAGAAAAAGUGUAGACAGCUGUGUGCAAACUGAUGAUGAAGAUCAGGAUGAAUGGGAUGUCCCUGUUAGAAGCAGGCGCAGGUCUCGCUCCAGCAGAUGUGGAGAUGGAGAAAAACCCAAAGGCUCCAAAGUUUCCAGCAUUGCAAUCCAAACAGUGGCUGAAAUCUCAGUUCAGACAGAUCAUUCUGGAACUCUAAAGAGGUCGCCAAUUCGAGCUCAAGUCGAUACUACAUUUGACCUGCACAGAGGAGGAGAAAUUGAGAGUGACUCAGACUUUAUGUCUGACAAAGAUAAGAAACAUUCAGCUGUCAACACUCAUAUAAAAGCAGACAGUAUUAACACCGCUUCAGUACCCAAAUCUUCAAAGGUGUUAUACUUUCCAGUCUCACCUGUGUCUCCUGGUAAGGGCACUCAAAAAAUGCUAACAGCUGAACCCCCAAGACACCCAAGUAGUCCAAGAUCACUGAAGGCAUCCCAAAGAUCUCUGUCUGAUCCCAAGUCUCUAAGUCCAACAACUGAUGACAGAAUCAUGUACCAGUACACAGAUGGCUGUUCCAGCAAAGGUUCGCAGAACACCACUCCAGUCGGCUCCCAUAAGAAAAUAAAGCGCACACUUCCUCAUCCGCCACCAGACGAGGACACUGGUGUGGGCCCCUUGGGAUACAGUACCGGUUCAUCCAGAAGAAGAAUGUGUAGAAAUACCACCAUGGCUAGAGCAAAAAUCCUGCAAGAUAUUGACAAAGAGUUGGAUUUGGUUGAGAGAGAGUCUUCCAAACUCCGCAAGAAGCAAGCAGAACUGGAUGAGGAAGAGAAAGAGAUAGAUGCUAAGCUAAGGUAUUUGGAAAUGGGUAUUAAUCGAAGGAAGGAGGCUUUAUUAAAGGAAAGAGAGAAGAGAGAGAGGGCAUAUUUGCAAGGUGUGGCAGAAGACCGUGACUAUAUGUCUGAUAGUGAGAUUAGCAACAACAGAGAGACACGGGGUAGUGGUCAUGGAAUGGAACGGCCAAGGACUGCCCCUCAGUCAGAAUUUGACCAAUUUAUUCCACCGCAGACUGAAGCUGAGUCUCAGUAUGCACAACUUGCAUACUCUCAUUAUCAGUAUACCUCCCAAAGUGAUUCCCCAAAUCACUAUUCCCAGCAAACUCUGUACCAACAGCCCUCACUUUAUCACCAACAGGUAUCUCCCUAUCAGACCCAGUCAAUAUACUCUUCAGUACCAGCCCAUAGCCAGCAAUCACAACAAACAGGUUAUGACCAUGCCUCCCAGCUCCUUCUAAUGCAACAGAAAAGCCGGCAAACUACAUUGUCCGAUUUGGAGCAAAAGAUAACCACUAAUUAUGAGGUUAUACGGAAUCAGCCUCUUCUAAUUGUCCCCACAUCAACAGAGAACGCAUAUGGAGUCUCACAUCUUUCUAGUAAAUACAACAACCUAGACCUAAGAAUUGGGCUUGAGGAAAGAGGUAGUAUGGCCAGCAGUCCAAUGUCCAGCAUUUCAGCAGAGUCCUUCUAUGCAGACAUUGACCACCACAAUGUCAGAAACUAUGUUAUGAUCGACGACAUAGGAGAGCUCACCAAGGGAUCUAGAGGCUUGGGGUCAAGUUUCAACGUUCCUGAUAAGGAUAUCAGCAAAAGUGAUCGGCUACUUCGUGUCGCUGACGUUCGUCGAACACCAGAUGUGACUGACUUUAUUGGACCUCUACAAACCACCUCAAGAUUACAUUAUGGUAAGCCAGAAGAGGACUCAAUGGAGGAACCAUAUGAGUUAAAGCUACUAAAACAGCAAAUCAAGCAAGAGUUCCGGAGGGGCUCAGAUACUCUAGAACAACUCACAGGUCUUUCACACUACCUAAACACUGACAGUUUUAGACAUUUUCCUAAAUCUGAAAAAUAUAGCAUCGGAAGACUUACACUAGAAAAGCAAGCUGCUAAGCAGCUCUCAGCCUCAGUCCUUUACCAGAAACAAUUAAAGAAUAAAAGAACACUAAUAGACCCUAAAAUUACAAAGUUUUCCCCUAUACAAGAGGGCCGAGACCUGGAACCUGAUUACAGCAGUUUUUUAUCCUCUACUGGCUCAGCCAUCGGGGGACUGUCUAGCAGAGGAAGGCUGCUUCAGGAUGAGAUCACUUUUGGCCUGAGGAAGAACCUCGCCGAGCAACAGAAAUACCUGGGCUCAACACUUAAUCUUGGUCACUCUCUAAACCUUGGCCCAAACUUGAGAUCAUCUCUUCCAGACGAUGGCACUUAUCCUAGUGGCACCCGGUCUAGACCUUCUUCCAGACCUUCCUCUAUAUACGGACUUGACUUAUCUAUCAAAAGAGACCUUUCCAGCUCUUCGUUAAGGUUAAAGUCAGAGGGUGAAGUCGUAGAUUCCCAAUUUGGAAUAGCAAGAGUAAAACCAACAAGCUUACCCAUCAGCCAAAGCAGGGGUCGCAUUCCAAUUGUUGCACAAAACUCAGAAGAAGAGAGCCCGCUGAGCCCAGUGGGGCAACCCAUGGGUAUGGCAAGGGCAUCUGCAGGACCAUUACCACCGAUCUCUGCUGAUUCUCGGGACCAGUUUGGUUCCAGUCACUCUUUACCAGAGGUACAGCAGCAUAUGAGAGAAGAAUCAAGAACACGUGGCUAUGAUAGGGAUAUAGCCUUCAUUAUGGAUGAUCUACAGGGAGCUAUGUCAGACAGUGAAGCAGGAGGUCCUAGCUGGAAAGUAGAAGCUUACCACCUGCAGCAUGAAGAGACUGACUGGUUUGAUAAACCACGUGAGGGACGCAGUGGAUUAAAGCCAGGACAGGAUAAAAGACAGGUGAAGACUGUGCAUUAUCCUUUCCCCCACACUCGUGUCAAAAUCCAGAGAGACCCUAGGGACCACAGUGUUUCAGGCCGAGGUUUUGGCAUACGAGUGGUGGGAGGGAAGGAGAUUCCAGGUACUAAUAGAGAGAUUGGCGCAUACAUUGCUAACUUGGCACCUGCGGGCACUGCUGAACUCUCAGGGAAGGUUGUAGAAGGAAUGCAGGUCCUGGAGUGGAAUGGAAUCCCUUUGAUGGGAAAGACCCAUGAGGAAGUUCAGAGCAUUGUGGGACAGCAAAGUGGGGAGGUAGAGAUAUGUUUGCGCCUAGAUCUGAAUAUGUGCUCAGACUUAGACAGUCCCAAGUAUCUAGAGCUGCAGUCUCAGCUAAAAGUCGCUGAGCACCAGCGUUCUCCAGGUGUAGAUCCUAAGCAGCUGGCUGCAGAGCUGCAGAAGGUCUCUCAGCAGCAGGCUCCUUCCUCUGUCCUGACUGCGCUGGAGAAAGCAGGACAUGUUCACUCGGCAACAGCAUCUGCUGCCUCUAGUGGAGUCCCCAGCCCUGGACAGCCUGGGUCUCCCUCUGUCAGCAAGAAACGUCACAACAAGUCAGGUGAUGGGGUGAAACCACAACCACAUCCCAUCACUGGUGAAAUACAACUACAAAUCAAUUAUGACAAGAACAUGGGUAACCUGAUCGUCCACGUACUGCAAGCCCGAAACCUUGCACCAAGAGACAACAAUGGAUAUUCAGACCCUUUUGUUAAGGUGUAUCUUCUGCCAGGCAGAGGACAAGUCAUGGUUGUCCAGAACGCAAGUGCUGAAAACAAGAGAAGAACCAAGUAUGUGCAGAAGACCCAGAACCCUGAAUGGAACCAGACUGUCAUCUAUAAAAACAUUCACCUCGAGCAGCUGAAGAGAAAAACCCUUGAGGUGACGGUGUGGGACUAUGCCAAAUAUUCCUCCAAUGACUUCUUGGGAGAAGUGCUUAUAGAUUUGUCUAACACUGCUCAGUUGGACAACAUGCCUCGCUGGCACCCCCUAAAGGAACAAAGUGAAAGCAUCCAUGGUAGAGGACAUCCACCACAAGGAGGAGGCGGAGGAUCGGGUGGCCAAGGAGGCCAAGCAGGCCACGGAGGCCCUGGAGGAUCAGGUGGACCUGGGGGCACGGGAGGGCAACCGAACAGCGAACAAUCCCCCAAAACCUCUGUGAUCAAAAGCAGAAGUCAUGGCAUCUUCCCCGACCCUGCUAAAGAUACUCAGGUCCCCACUAUUGAGAAAUCCCAUAGUAGCCCAGGCAGCUCAAAAUCCUCAUCUGAGAGUCAUCUGCGUUCACACGGCCCCUCCCGCAGUCAGAGCAAGAGCAGUGUUACUCAGGCUCACCUCGAGGAUGCUGGGAACGCCAUUGCUGCUGCCGAGGCCGCAGUGCAUCAAGCCCGUUUUCAGCCAAACAGAGUAGGACACAUAAUGAAUGAUGGAGAUGAGUACACACUGGACAGCGAGGAUGGCACAGGCACUAAUACAGUGGACAGUGCUAUCUUUCAGGUGCCUCAACUGAAGACGAUUCCUAAUGGCUUGGAUUUGAGAGGUGCAGACUCCCUGAAGAAUCUGCAUGACUCCGAAAGUAAGAACCAUAUGAUUGGAGAGAUCAAGGUGGCGCUGAAGAAAGAGAUGAAGACUGAAGGAGAACAGCUUGUUCUUGAAAUUCUACAGUGCAGGAACAUUACAUACAAGUUCAAAUCUCCAGAUCAUCUGCCUGAUUUGUAUGUGAAGCUUUAUGUGGUUAACGUGGCUACACAGAAGCGGAUCAUUAAGAAAAAGACAAGAGUGUGCCGCCAUGACAGAGAGCCUUCUUUUAAUGAGACUUUCCGCUUCAGUCUCAACCCGGCUGGUCACUCAAUUCAGCUGUUCCUUGUGUCUAACGGAGGGAAGUUUGUGAAGAAGACACUAAUUGGUGAAGCGUACAUUUGGUUGGACAAAGUAGACAUGCGGAAGCGAGCGGUGAGCUGGCACAAAUUAGUGGCCAGUUCUCCUCAUACACAGCCCUGAUCUGUACUAGCCAGUCAAGAAAUAAGUGACUAUAAAGAAUAAAAGGAGGAUGACAACAACCGUUAAAUGAUAAUCGUGUCAUUGUCAAACGUUUGUCAGACGUACAUUUUAUUGAAAUUCAGACCCUCAGUCAGUGGGUUUAAAAGCUUUCUUAGCUGUCACAAUUAUUGUACAGAGUGUUUAAAUCGAAUUGAGCAUAUAUCAAGAAAUCAGUAGCAACAUUUCUGAAUUUUUCAGAAAAUAUAACCAUCUCCUUCCCCCUCAGUCCACUGUAUAGUUUAUAUAUGAUUACAUUUAUCAUAUCAGAUUAUGUUAUGUACAUACAAUACUGAAAAAAUAUAAUGAAAAAUUACUUCAGAUUUUUUUUAUGUGAUAAAUACAGUAUGAUCUUUUAGCACAGCUUAUUAAUUGUCACAUCAACAUUUUGGAAUCUUGUUCAUCUAAAUCAGAGACUUUUUUGCAGUAUUUCAUUUUGUCUAUGAAAAUACAGACGUUGUACCUUUGGACUUGAAGUGGAAUGAAAAAAAAAUGCUACUUUUAUUUUAUAUUCUGAACACAGCUGUAUACCUUGAACUAUGUUCUUGAAAGAGCUUUAAGUUCUCUGAAACGUCAUCAUGCCUACAUUGAAUCAACGGCAAAGAAUGAUUGUAUGCGUGUCCAUGAUUUUUUGAAAGCAUCUGAAAGUAAUUGUCAUGUAAUUGUUCUGAUGUCAACAGUGAUUCCUGUUUUGUACUGUUCUGUGUUCAAACAAAUAUGCAAUGAAAAAUGGACAAAAAAUAUAGACGCAGAUUUCUAAAUUGGCUCAGCUGAAAUCUCGCCAUUGUUUGUGUUCAUUUCAAAUGGUGCAAAGUGUAUGUAAAUGAGUGUCCCCUUGGUGCAGAUUCUUUUGUUUUGUUUUUUUGAAAUGGAAAAAACAAAAAGGCUGCUCAUCUCAGUUUUAGUAGCAGAGAAUGAAACAUAUUCACUGCCUGCACCAUAUCAGUGUAAAUUGUAAUAAAUUACAAUAUUGUAAAUUGUAGUAGGUUGUGCUAAAACACCAGACAGUGACCAUUACUGUACUUUUUAAAAUUGUUACAAUUCCCCGUUGGGAUUAAUGAAGUACUUUAUUGAAAAUGAGGAUGAAGGAAUGGAAACCCACUGAUCACCUCAACAAGAGUAAUCAUUGUUUCCAUAUGGAGGUAUGUGGAUGUUUUUUUGUUUGUUUGUUUGUUUGUUUGUUCUAUUGCACAUAGAAAUAAAGGAUAUUUAAGGAUUCUUUAAUAACCAUAUCAAGUACAUAUUGUAAGAAUAGUGUACAGAUAUGGCUACCUGUGCUUGAAUAAAAGAAAUGUUAAUGUGGUGACUGGGUUGCUGUCACAAUGAAAUCAACUACGUGCCAACCUAACCAAAUCCACGGCUUCAGUUUGAGUAUUUCUAUGCAACAUAAAUGAUGGAUGGAUGCAGAGUUUUGAAAUAUAUAUAUAUAUAUAUAUAUAUAUA